CCUUCCAUUUUCGAGUUUAGAGAGGAAACGAAAAGAUGCCGACGUACAAGAUUCGGGGAAUCGAUGUAGAAUUCCCUUUUGAGGCCUAUGAUUGUCAACUUGUUUACAUGGAGAAAGUCAUACAAUCUCUCCAGGAGAAAUGUAAUGCAUUAUUGGAGAGUCCCACAGGAACUGGCAAAACACUUUGUCUUCUAUGUGCUACAUUAGCUUGGCGGAAGAGUCUGGGCAGUUUCUCAACUGGUGCAAAUGUUAAGACCACUGAGAAUUCUGAGGGCAAAGUAGACGUUUCAUCUUCACAACCUAAGGCCUCAAACCUUCCUACUAUCAUAUAUUCUUCGCGCACUCACAGCCAGAUCCGCCAAGUGAUUCAAGAGUUGAAAAGAACAUCAUACAGGCCCAAAAUGGUUGUUCUAGGAUCUCGGGAGCAAUUGUGCAUUCAUGAUCAGGUGAGUCUACUUCGGGGAAGGACUCAAACAAAUGCUUGCCAUUUACUCUGCCGAAGGCGUGGCAAGAAUGGCAAGCGUAGAUGUAACCAUAAUGAUCUUGUAAUUGAAUACUCAAAGAAUAACCCCCAUCUUGGUGAGGAACCUAUAGAUAUUGAAGAUUUGGUGAACAUUGGAAAAAGAUUUGGGCCGUGUCCUUACUACUUAUCAAAAGAACUCCACAAGGCUGCUGAUUUAGUAUUUGCACCAUACAACUAUCUUAUUGAUCGUGGGUAUAGAAAAUCCCUGAAUAUUUCUUGGCACAAUAGUAUACUCAUAUUUGAUGAAGCUCACAACCUGGAAAGCUUAUGUGCUGAUGCUGCCUCUUUUGACUUGCCUUCUUGGCUCCUAACAGCUUGCAUUUCUGAGGCUCAAAGUUGUGUUGAUCUUUGUAUAGACAGAAGAGACAAAUUAAAUGAUAAGUCACGGAAUCCAGAUGAUUUUGCUAUCCUUAAAGCACUUCUACUAAAACUUGAAAAGCGAAUUGCUGAUGUACCUAUUGAAUCCAAGGAACUGGGAUACACCAAACCUGGACCUUACAUCUAUGAAUUUUUCUCUGAUCUUAAUAUCACCCAUAAGACAGCUUCUAAGCUUAAGCGUACAAUUGAAGAUGCUGGGGUCCUUCUGGAGGAAGAUACUCAGCAGAAGGCAAGUAGCACCAAUUUUAGGCUGGACAGUAUAAGUGACAUCAUUGACAUUGUUUUCAGGGAUGAAGGCAAUGCCCAUGCGAAAUACUAUCGGGUUCAUGUGAAGGAGGUUGAUGCAAAAGCUGCUGAUAGCGUUAAAGGUAAGGCUUCAAGGGUCCUUAGUUGGUGGUGCUUUAAUCCAGGACUAGCUAUGGAAGCUUUUCCAAAGUUGGGCGUUGGCUGUGUUAUAUUGACUUCUGGCACAUUAUCUCCCAUGGAAUCUUUUGCUCAGGAGCUGAAAAUAGAUUUUCCCAUUCGACUAGAAAACCCACAUGUAAUAACCCCAAAUCAGAUUUGGGCUGGAGUUGUACCAGUUGGUCCUUCAGGGCGUACUUUUAACUCUUCCUAUCGCACACGUGAUUCUAUGGAGUACAAGCAGGAGCUUGGUAAUGCAAUUGUCAAUUUGGCUCGAAUUGUUCCUGAUGGACUGCUUGUAUUCUUCCCAUCUUAUUACCUUUUGGACCAAUGCAUUGGGUGCUGGAAAAACAUGACCAAUGGAAAUUCAACAUCAAUAUGGGAGAGAAUUUGCAAACAUAAGAAACCUGUCAUAGAACCCAGGCAAUCUUCCUUGUUUUCCCUAUCAAUUGAGGAUUACGUAUCUAAGCUGAAAGACACAUCUGCAUCUGGAGCAGUAUUUUUCGCUGUUUGUCGUGGCAAGGUAAGUGAAGGAUUAGAUUUUGCAGACCAUGCUGGAAGAGCUGUGAUGAUAAUUGGUAUGCCAUUUGCCACAAGUAAUGAUCCUAAGGUUCGUUUAAAGCGAGAGUAUUUGGAUCAACAAUCCCAAACCCAAGGAGAAUUGUGUAAGGUUUUAACUGGAGAAGAGUGGUAUAAUCAGCAAGCUUCGCGUGCAGUGAAUCAGGCUGUUGGCCGUGUAAUUCGUCACCGCCAUGACUAUGGAGCAAUUAUCCUUUGUGAUGAAAGGUUUGCAUAUCCACACCGUCAAUCUCAAGUCUCACGUUGGAUACAGCCUCACAUCAAGUGUUUCUCAAAAUUUGGAGAAGUAGUUUUUACCUUAACUCGAUUUUUCCGUGAUGGAGGAAGUCGCGGCCCUACAAAGCUGUCAUUAUUAGAAGCCGAAAAUGGGGGGAAUUUCGCAGAAAAGUCAUCAGAGCACUGCCCGGACAAAUUUUGCCUGGAACAACUUGUCUCUCCUCCUACUACGUCAGUGACUCAAAAUAUCUCUUCGAAAGCAUUGCCUUCACUUGGUGUUAAAGAAGUCUGUGUUCUGAAUCUUGAGGAAAUUAUGCCUGCUAAUCGUGCUGCUCUGGCUUUUAACAACUGCAAGAUUAAAGGCUGUAAGAAUUCAAGGGACAUAUGUAUUGAUGUUUCACAAGGGAGGGAGAUUUCAUCAGGAGUCGAUGAAGUAAUUGAUUUGGCUGGUGGUGCUCAACAUGCCAAAAAAGUAAAGGAUAUAGAGACAGCACCUGCCACCAAGAAGCGUAGAUUUAUAAGUGGAGAGUAUGACUUGAUGCAACAUAGUGAACGCUCCGAUGAGCAUACACGUGUACGUCAAAAUGCUCAAAGUGGUGUGGAACUGCUGCAUAAAGAUAAUCCCCCCCAAGUUAGGAGUAGGAAUGUUGACCUCCUUACACAAAAAGACAAUCGUGCUCCCGAUUCUGGACCUCCUGCAGAUGAGGAAACCCGGGGAUCAGCGUUCCUUGUUCAGGUUAGGGAGAAGCUCAGUGGUGCAGAGUAUAAAGACUUUGUGAGCUAUAUGAAAGCUCUUAAGACCAAAGCCAUGAUGAUGAGUGAAGUUUUGCAGUCCAUAUGCGGGUUGUUCUCUGGACCUGAGAGGCUACCGCUCCUUAAAAGGUUCAAGGAUUACAUUCCUGCAAAAUACCAUUCUCUGUAUGAGCAGUAUGUUGAAGAAAACAACUAAAAACUUAUAGGCUGAAUGGAAGAUGCACUCUUAAUGAGAAUCUUUCAGCUUGAACACAGGUGCUUGGCACCUCUGGUUGGAUAUACGUUCAAGGAUGUGAAUAGGAAUGAAUGAAAAUAAAAGUCAUGCAAAAGGCUGGGGUAGCUGCUAGAUGGGGACUAAAUUAAAAUGCUUUUCAUACAUGAUCGAAGUUUCUCUUGAUAUUGGCAUUCCAUAAUUGUUAUUGUGGGAACGGUCCCACCGAUGUCUGCUCCGGGAGAAUUAAGUCAAGCUCCAAACUGUGGUGGCAACUUCGGAGGGUACAGGCACUAUUUGGAGUAUAUGCAAUGCAAGAGCGUUUAUACAAGACCGCCAAAAAAAAAAAAGGCCGAGUGUUUAAAGGAAUGAUUCUUGUGGGGAUUUUGAUGAUCGAAUUGGUCUGCUGAGGAAAAUUAUCAGGUGUGAAUAGUUGAAAAAAGUAGACGCUAAAUCCAAAUAUUGGUGAAGCAGGAAUUUUUGUAGAGCUGGAGCAACAUGAUUCAGAACAAGUCCCUAUAUUACCUGUCUCAUUUUUGCCAAAUAUUUGAGAUUGAACAGUGCAUCUCA